AUGACUACAACUGUACCAUUAAUUUAUUCUUUCCCCGAGUUCUUGGGCGUUGCUGAUGCCGUUGCUGACUUGAUCAUAUCGGCUCAAAACCAAACUCUAUACAACACAACGGAUCUAAAACAAGUGGAUAUGAUAAAACUGGGCCAAAUGAAACGCCCUACCAUGACAAAGACUAAUAGUUCGUUAUCAGUGGCAUUGGCAUUGAACCAAGCCAAUGGCGGCGGCGCUACCGGUUUUGGCGAUAAUGGAAAUACGGCAUUGGCAUCGAGUCAUUCAGCAAGUUGCGGUUCGAAUUCAAACACACCAAGUCAUAGUCCAAGCCAUAGCCAUAGCCAUAGUCAUAGUCAAAGCGGAAUCAACUUAUCGUCACCAUCAGCUACAAACUUGCUACAACAAUCCAAUAAGUUGAAAAAGGAGAAAAAAAUUAUGAAGAAGCAAGAAAUACGUUUUAAAAUAGCUAUUAGUGGGGGGUCCUUGAUCAAAAUCUUGAAUCAAGGGUUAUUGAAAAGGCAAAAAUAUAUCGAAUGGGACAAAUGGGAUAUUUACUUUGCAGAUGAGAGAUUAGUACCGUUUGAAUCUCCAGACUCAAAUUAUGGACAAGCACAACGAGAAAUCUUUUCACAAAUCACUGGAGAUAAGUUGCCAAGAAUUUUUCAUAUUGAUGAAUCCUUAAUCGAUGAUCCACAGGAAGCAGCUGAUGAUUAUGAAAAGCAAUUGAUUCAAAAUUUCGCCAAAAAGGAUUCUGUUAAAUUACCCAUGUUUGACUUACUAUUGUUGGGAUGUGCACCCGAUGGUCAUAUUGCUUCGUUGUUUCCAAACCAAGGCGAGGCAUUAAGAGAGAAAUUGGCUUGGUGUAUUCCUGUAUCGAAGGCACCUCUGGGUCCUGAAAAUAGAAUCACAUUGACUAUACCUGUAAUCUGCCAUGCCGCAAGAGUUGUGUUUGUAGUUGAGGGGUUAACCAAAGCCCCAAUUAUAAAAAUCAUUAUGGAAAGACCAGAGAAGGGAUUACCUAGCUCGAUAGUUAACGAAGGUGCUGCGGGAAGAGUUAGCUGGUUUGUUGAUGAUGCGGCGUUGAAUGAUUUAUAUGAUAUUACAAAGAAACAGUACAAGUAUUUGUCCAUACCGGAAGAAGAUCGUGAAGAGAGGAAGAAGAUAUAA